AUGAUGAUGAGAGAGCUGAAGGCAGAUGCAUGCCUGAACCCCCAGAUGGGAGCUAUGUGGAAGACUAAUGAGUAUGUGAAAGAGAGCUCCAGUCACAGCAAGGAGUACAGCAGGCAAAUGGAGAGUCUUGGUCCUGAGAGCGCUCGCAGGCACUUCCGGAGCUUCCAUUAUCAUGAAGCACCUGGACCACUUGGGGCUGUCAGCCAGCGUCAGGAAUUAUGCCAUCAGUGGCUGAGGCCAGAGAUCCACUUGAAAGAGCAGAUCUUGGAACUGCUGGUGCUGGACAUUCUGCCCAGGGAGACUAAGAACUGGGUGCAGAAGCAUCAUCCACAGAACAUCAAACAGGCUGUGGUCCUGGUAGAACGCUUGCAGAGAGAACCCAGUGGAACAAAGAAUGCGAUCACAGCCCAUGAACUGGCAAAGGAGACAGUGCUCUUGGGAGGAACAGCAGUGGUCCCAGGCUUCAAGUGUAAGCCAGCAGAGCCCCAACCAAUGAGUGUGUUCCAGAAACAAUGUGGGAAUACAUACUGCAUGCUGCAAGGACAGCUGGGCUGGAAUACUCACAACGAAACCCAGCCUGUAUAUGAAAGAGCUGUGCAUUGUCAACAGAUUUUAGCCCUUUCUGAGCAGAAAAUCACCAAAGACUGGAAGAUGUCAUCUGCACUCAUCUUGCCUGAGUCCCAGACUUUGUUGAAAUUUGAAGAUGUGGCCAUUUUUUCUGAGGAAGAAUGGCAAUUAUUGAACCCUACUCAGAAGAUUCUCCACAAUGAUGUAAUGCAGGAUAACUAUGAGACUGUCAUCUCUCUAGCAUCGCGGCACCUGAACUCCACAGAGGACUAA